AUCCAUGUCACUAACCCUUAGAUACCUCAUAUUUCAUUAUUGAUUGUGAAAGUAGAUCUAGAAUAAACAACUCUAGCGAAGUCUUGAUCUAGACACAGGAGGUCUAGACUUUUCUUACUCUUAGUAAAAAAACCUGCGCAUCAUUCAUUUCAAGUGUAAUUAUGGCUCCUUGGAAUAAAGAAGUUGGUCCUUUGAGCAAGGCUCAAAAAGAAGGAGAUGUUUUGAAGAAAAAGGUUGACCAAGUUGUAAAAGAAUCAAAUAAGAUUGUUUCACAAAAAGUCAAAGGUGAUCAAGUUACAGAAAAACAGAAGAAGUUGGAACAGAUGUUUCAAAAUUGCAUUGACACCAAAACUCAGGUUACACAACAUCUUGUUGAGGUUGAAAAGUUGGAAGAGAAAAAUGAGCCUACAAAAAUGAAAGAUUUUGACAAGAAGAUAACAGCAGAGUUAAAUCGAGUCUCUGUGAUGAAGACUUUACUUGAGGAAACAAUGAAAAAGUUGCUGCCUAAUACACAGGAAGAAGACUUUAUCAAAAGUCAUCAGCAGGCAGAAGAGAAAGGAAAGGUGGAGAAGAAAGAGGCAGAUAAAACUCAAAAUGAAGCAGAGGAUGAUGAUGAGGAGGAGGAGGAGGAUGACGAAGAGGAGGAAGAAGAUGAGGAAGAAGAUGAUGAAGAGGAAGAUGAUGAUGAUGAAGAGGAAGAAGAAGAUGAUGAUGAUGACAUUGAAACUGAUGAAGUUAAAGCAAAAAAAAUACCUAAACAAGCUGCAGUAAGUACAGUUCAAAAAGAAGAGAGCGAAGAAGAGGAAGAUGAAGAUGAAUCAGAAGAGGAAGAAGAAGAAGAAAAACCAAAACCUGUCCCAAGAAGUGCUGUCCCAAAACUUAAAGUUGAAGAGAAAAAAGAUGAUGAGGAUGACAAAGAUGAUGAUGAUGAAGAUGAUGAUGAUGAUGAGGAAGAGGAAGAUGAUGACAACAGUGAUAAUGAUGAUAUUGAAGUGCCUAAGGAGAAAUCUGAGAAAGCAGAAACAGUAAAAAAAGAAACCAAAUCACAAAAGUUGCACAAGUUUGAGACCAUGGACGACUAUGAAGGAGAGGAAGACGGAGAUCUGAGUUUUAAGGAGGGCGAAGUUCUAGUUAUUCUGGACACGAGUCGAGAAGAUGGCUGGUGGAAAGCCCGAAAUGAAAAAGGGGACAUUGGAAUGGUUCCAUCAACAUAUUUAAAGAAACUUCCAGAGGAACCAGAGCAAGCCUCAGAAGGAGAGGAAGAAAUGUCUGGAGAAGAUGAAGUGGAUCAUAGUACAGCCCCUAGAACUAAAAGAGGUAGAAAGUUGUGGAGAGGCUUAAAGCAAGCUUUGAAUGAAACAACUGUGUCAGAUGUCCUCCAUGCUUUGGGAGCUGUACCAUCAGGCUUUAGACUCUCAACACUUUGUCGCAAGUUUAAUGAAGGAUACAUGUUCCGGCUAAUCAACUUCCUGUUUCCUAAGUUGAGUCACUCCAACCUGACUUAUAAAGAUCUUCUCUUUGACCCAGCAUUAAAUAAGAUUUGCUUACGCCAAACAAAAAUUGAUAGAGUUGUCACCAUCGUCUCUUGUCAACAAAUUCCUCCCCCCAGUGCUGGAAUUGAUGUCCUGGAUCGCCAUGUCAGAGUGUGUUUAUUUGAUGGAAUACAUAUAUUGAGUAACAUUCACUCUGUGGCUGUGGCUAGUGUGGACAAGACUCAGAGAGCUUGGACUUUCACAACAAAAUUAGGAGACUUAAUGGACCCAGGUAGCCAUGCAGAAUUCUUUGUGCGGAGCAAUGCUAAUGUAGAUAACAUCGGUAUUUUAUUUGAACUUGGAAUUUCUUAUUUGAGAUCAAGUACCCAGGAGAAAGGAGAAUUCAGUUGUGGCUGGGUCCACUUGCCUCUUCUGGAUGAAACAGGCAAUGUGGUGACCAACAGAUCAUUCGACCUCCAGCUUCAUGGAGGCACACCCUACGAGAAAGAUGUUGAAGUUGACCCAAGCAUCAGCAGACGUGCAACCAGCAACUCACUAGUGGCCUUGAUCUCUGGAAAUAAACAACCGAGAUUAGCGGUGAAAAUCAGUGAACCCAAAAAACUUCAAAAAGAUUUGAUGGACACCCUUCCAGAUACCUUAGUUGGCAACACCUGCCUACUACAACUCUAUGCAUACUACCGUCAAUGUCUUGCUGAUGUUUUACUGAGAGACAAGUUAGAUCUCAACUCAACAGAACUUAUUCACAGUCCUUUUCUAAAGACAUUCCCUGCAGUAGCUGACUGCCCAGAUUUGAUGAAAAUCCUUAGAACGGCUUGGCUUGAAAAGCUUCAAGAAGUGAAAAGAGCAGAUAAGCCACUAUUUUCCAUUGGAAGUAAUCCAUUGAGAGAUGAAGAAUACAUGAAAAAGCUUUUCAAAGAUGUCUUCAUGGAAACUGUGUAUUCUAUUAGCUCCCUUGCCACAUUGCCAGACUACACCAUGGGGGAUGUUGACAUUCUAAAACUGCGUCAGGAACAGAUCAACAGAUUUAUGGAAAAGAAGCGAGCCACUCGAACAACACUGGCUGCCCUUCUGUCUGAAGACUUUGUGUAUGAGCCAUUUAACAUGGAAGAAGUUGCUUUCACUGUGAUAGGUCCUUAUUGCCUAAUGAAACAACAAGUGGCCACAGAAAACUGAAGAGAGUAGAAUGAAUGCAUCCAACAUCUACAGGGGAGGUCACUUUGUGAAACUUAUUAUGCUAGAUGUAAAGAAUACAAAUAUUCGUAACACAUUAUUAGCUUAGGAAGUUCCAGGAUACAAAAUAUUUCUGGAGGCUUUAGUUGAAACAAUGUGGAGCUUGGACUAGUGGAAACUAAUAUUCAAACUCAUGUAGGAACUAGUUUGAAUUUGAAGGAAUUUCUUUUACUGACACCAAUGAGAUUUUUUUUUGUGAAGUUUUUAUCUUGUGAUCUAGACAGGAACUUGUAUUUUGGUUCAAGUCUUAUUUUGUUUUCUGGUUUGUUUGUUAUUGAAUAAACAUAGAGGUUAAAAUUACAGUUAAAAAAUUCUAGGUUUGAACUCAUUGGUCUAUAGCUAAUGGUUGAAAGUGACAUAGACUUGACUGGUAAUGUAAAAUGAUUUUGUCCAGCAAGCCAUUAAGUUUUUCAUGGAGAGAGAAAUAUGUCUGUCUUAAAAUUAAGAUUCUCACACUUAAAAAGUUUGUUAUCUCUCUUGUUUGUUAGAGGACGCAACUGGAAGAAUGACUAAAAACCCUUUAGAUCACAUGGCCUGAAAGGUUAAAGGUCAACUUACUAACAGAAAAACAUGUAAGACUUUGCUGGUCAAGAUUUAGAAUGUCUCAGGCUUGACUCCUGAUGAGAAUAUCAAAUUAUCUAAUGGUUUACUUAUUUAUAGUAACAAAUUUUCUUUUUACUAAGUAGCUUCCAUAGGCUCCAAAAAUCCAUAGCGUGUCACAGCAAAUGAACAUGCCUCUUCUAGAUUAUAUUGUAACCAAGUUCAGUAGAAAACGUUUUGAUUGUGUCGACUGGUGUCAAUAUCUCUGCAUGAAUUUUGGAAACACUUAGGGAAAACAAUAGCCGUUUGUCUUUGUGAUGGACAAAAACACAACUCUGUUACCAGUGCUCUGCUAGAUUUGCCCUUUAGAUCACAUAGCUCGAAAGGUUAAAGGUCAACUUUCUAACACAAAGACAUGAUAAAGUCUCAGUUUCACUGAUUGAUUUUGAGUUUUUUAUUUUCGGCACAUUUCGUUCAUUUUCACGGAUGAUUCUUUAUUAAACUUUUGUACUAUCAUGAUUUUUUUUUUUUGUGAUAUUGUGUAAACUCCGUCCAAUGUUUAACCAAUAUUGACUGUUGUCCAUUCCUCUAAAUAAUAGAUAUUUAUAUCAUUUAUUAUUAUUUACAUAUGUUAGAUUUUGUAAAAAUAUUGUUUAAAAAAAAUAUAUAUGAUAAAUGUUUAUAAUAUCUAUUUCUUAGAGAUCUAAAUAUGUUUAUCAAUGUUUUCAUUGAAUGCAAAUAAAUAUGAGGAUUUCA